AUGAAAAACACUGCUAGGCGUAAUAGUGGUGGAAAUAGUGUCUUUAUAAAAAGUAGUUUACACAAAUUGAUAUCGAUACAACAAAUUUAUAACCAUUUUGAAAAUUGUAUUGUUUUAUUCUUUAAGUCUUCCUCCAUUUAUAAUUGCAAAGAUAUAAUAAUGUAUUUUACGUAUAUAUCUCCUGAGGGAUCUUGUUAUUAUAAUGAUAGACCUGAGAAAAAUGGUAUAAAUGAUAUGUAUAAUCACUUAGAAAACAUAAUAUAUGAUUAUCCUAAUACCAUGUUAUUUUUGUCAGGUGACAUGAACUGUAGAUGUAAAGACUUUUUGGAUUAUAUACCGCUCGACAAUCUGUUUUAUAUUUUUGGUAAUACUGAUUAUGAUGGUAGUACAUUUGAUAAUCAUCGUAAUAAUAAGGAUAUUUUACGAGGUAAUAACUAUGGGAAAUCUCUCGUUAAUCUGUGUUGCAUCUUUGAUAUUCAUUUUUUGAACGGUCGCUUCCCUGGUGAUAAAGAUGGCGAUUUUACAUGUUUUUCAAAUGAUGGUGCUAGUGUUGUUGGUUAUAUGGUCGCGUCUUCCACGUUAUUUCAGUAUAUCAAAGAUUUUAAGGUCUUAGAUAGAGAUGAUUCAGACCAUUUUCCUAUUACAUGUGUUUUUGAGUUUCCAAUGAUUUUACAUGAUAAUGAACCGAACACUGAUGUAAAUUUGCAGGGCUCAAUUAAGAAAUUCCGUUGGCGCAGUUCUGUAAAGGAUGAUUUUUUAUUGAAAUUUAGAGACUUGUUAGAAACUCAGUAUGAAUCACUGAUUGGAUCCAUAGGCAUGAAUGUAGACUCUGCUGUAGAUUCUAUUACUUUCUUAUAUCAGGAAGCGGGCAGCUGCAUGUUGCAGAAGUUUCGAUAUGUUUCUUCUCAGCCCGCAUGGUGGGACGAUGAGUGUGAUCGAUUAAAAUCAAUAAAAAUAUGCUGCUCUACGUAA